AGUCUCUAGGAGUGAUACCUGAAUUGGUAACGCAUCCAUUUAAGACGAAGCAACAGGUAUCGUAUGAAAGUUUGUUUUAUAGUGCAUGGUCUGAUGGGAUGUUUGUUUUGGAAUAGUGUGGUAUGGUUACGGCGUAGUAUGGUAUUAUGCAUGUCUUAUUGGUUACACGAAAUGGUAUAUGUUAAGUUAAAAUGUUGUGAUAUGGUCAUUAUUGUCAGUAUUUUCUCCAUACACAAUAAUCCAUAUUUACCUUCCUAUCAAUAUCUUUCCAGACUACUGCUAGGCUAUACACAGGAAGAAUCGAACUGAUUGAAAAACUUCUUGCAGUCUUAGGGCAUGAGGAAACUACGACCAAGUAAGAUUUACAAAUAAUAAUCAGCUUCAUCCAUGUUCCUUUUAUAACAGUGUUUACUAUUAAUAUUAUUUGUAAGAGCAAAGAACAUUUAUUUUGUUUUCGUUAACCAUUAGUGAAUUCUAAAUCGUACUAUGACAUUUAUGAAAUCUUCAGAUUGAUAGGGAUGCAACUACCUGAAAAAUACAAGGAGAACUUCGACGUUUCGAGCGAAGGCCGGAGUAUAGUACAGCCAAAGUAUAGUAUACUCCCGACGAAGUGCCUUAGCUCGAAAUGUCGAAGUUCUCCUUGUAUUUUUCAGGUAUAUAAAACAUUUAUCGAUAGGUUAUAAAAUAUUUAUGGAUAACAUUUCUGGUUUAUUUUUAAACUAUAUAGUGGAUUCUCUACAGCUUCCACGAUGAAGGUAUACUAUAGUUUGUACAUUUCUGAUAUUUACACCUGUACCUAAAUCUUUCUCGAGUGACACGUAGUUUUUCUUAAUAUUUGAAUUUAGUUUCUUCUUCCCGCCCUGGACCACGCCAGUGGUGGAGUCCGCGAUGCUGCUGUAAAACUGAUUUUUGAACUUUAUAAGGUAACGGACUAUGCAUGCAUGGAAGAUGCAUCAAUAGAAUGUGAGUUUUAAAGGUUCAAAUUGGGCUUGACUAUAUAUGAGUGAGGUUUAUGUUGACAAUACAAUAUUAUGCACGUAAUGUCUGCUCCUGAGGGAACUCCUCGGGCCCGCAGUAAUUGGCUAUUCGCUGUUGCGGUCACCCAGCCGUGGUCAUGUACCCACUGUAUUUCAUUAUGUACGUUUGUUUUUGUCCUGUCAUGUAAUGUACUGUUUCAUCGGCAAAGUUUAUAAAUUAAAUUAAAAAAAAAAUUAACUAGCUUUGUUUUUCCGAGAGGAUCAAUGUUUCCCGUGAUCAAAAGCGUGAUAAAAAGCCGAUAUAAACUUUAUAAGCAAAAGAUAAUGUAAAUCAUAUCAGAACGUAACAUAAUAUGCAGAUUCGUCCAUCUUAAAUAAUGGUUGCAGACUGCAGAGGAGAGUGGGCAGUGUGGUAAGGCUCCCUCCUGGUACCACCCUAUGGAAAACCUGCACCCCUCCUUGCAGAUGAGACUAGAUCCGCCCCUGAUCCUUUCCCCUCAUAAUGACUGUGAAUGAUGACUUUACUUCUUAUUUUCUAGUUAAAAGCACCAGUAAAAGGCUUCCUCCCGGCGGAUGAACCGACGACCAGAAAGAAUCCUCUGUAUCGCUCAAUAUUUGAUGGUUUUGAUAAGAUUGAUGGUAAACCAACUGAAGCUGAACGAAAGGUCAGCAUUUUUUUCCUCUCAGAAAUUUUUGAUGUCAACUUGUUAAAUUUAUUAGUAAAUUUAAAAGCAUUGAAUUUCUCAAGUCAUUUGAGAAGUCAUAUAACAAGCUCGAAAGCUUUAUAUUAGCGGCUAUUAAAACACCUCAAAGUAUGUAAAAUCUCAGCUGGCGCCUCGUAUUUCAAUAGGCUAGCUUUUUGGUAUUUUAUACGCCUACAUGGGGCCGGUUAUAUAACAAUAUAUGUUAUUUAAUAGCCCCAAAAUCAAGUUUUAUUAAAAAAAAAACAUUGUUUCGUAUAAACGUCACUAGGCCAAAGCAAAGAGCGACAGAGAAGCCGCAGAAAAAUCGAAACAGACAGAGGUUUGAAUCUAGAACAUGAUAUAUCUUUUGAAAUUUUCAGAAUUGUAUAUUCAAGAGUCAGGUCUCAGGGUGUUUACUUUACAAUACUUAUAUCAUUAUAGAUUGAUGAAUUACACGCCCAUUUGCAAGCAUUAAGAGAAAUGGCAGCCAAACAGGUAAAACUGAAUUACAUGACAUUUUGACAACAGCUGUGAUUGUUUACAACGCCAAUGGCAUACAACUUCCUGGAAAAUCUCCUUCGCCCCGCCUCAAUUAUUGUUCAAUUUUAAAUAAAUUUCAACCACAAUUUUGUAUCAAACUCCGUAGUUGAACUUAUGUACAGAUGUGGUCGUCAUGCUAUCUAUUACUCAUGAAACAAAAAUUCUAAAUAUUACGUAAUGAAUUUGUUUAUUUGCAUGUAUAGGGUGAUGUCGAAACAGACAAAGCAAGCAAAGGUAGAUAAAUCUCUCUUUUUGUUUAACUAGUCUGUGGCUGCAUUAUCCCUGGUUAAACGAGGAUGAGAGUUGAGAAGCGAGAGUUUGCAUGAGAGUUUUCUCAACUCUCAUGCCCGGUCAAACGAGAACAAGAGUUGCGUGUAUGAGAGUUGGCUGGAUGUUACUGUACCAGUCAAAAGAGCAAAAACUCUCGUCAACUCUCAUCAGAAGUUGAACCAGCUCAAGGUUCAUAAGAGUUGAUGAGAGUUGAUAAGAGGUGAUAAGAGUUGAUGAGAUGUGAUAAGAGUUGAUGAGAGUUGAUAAGAGGUGAUAAGAGUUGGCGGUGAAACGCGAACGAGAGUUGGAACAUUCAUCAAUUCUCGUUCACUCUCAUCCUCGUUUGACCAGGCUUUGCAGUAUGUUACCCCCAGUGUACACAAUGCAUGUCACUUGACCAGUUCCUCUGGUCAUAUUGUCUUGCUUAUGUUUUGUGGUUUAUAACAUGAAGUAUACAAUGACAUGCUAAAGUAAUAAAGUGAUAUACCAGGGCCUUCACGUUCCAGAGUUAACGUGUUAGGUAGUAUAGUACUUCACACAUUCAACUGGAAAAAAUUUUGAAAAUCCAUAGAAUGGAAAUUGUAUUGACCUUUAUUGGAAAUAGAAUGGAUUUUUGAUUAUCCAUAAUAAUUGUAUAUUUCCAUAUUAUGGAUGCAGUAUCGAAAUAGUAUGGAUAUACUUUGGGUUUAGUGGUGCAAUUGCAAAUCUCAUAAUAUGGAUUUCACAUUUUUUCACCAGUGUUCUAUCAUUCCUAAACGGUUAAAUAUUUGUGACACCUUUAUUUUAGACCAGCCUGCUGUUGAUACAUCUGCAAAGCCCGAACCUACGGCUGUCGACAGGUAAGAGCUGUGUAUGAGUUUAAAUGUUAUCAAUAAGUACAUGGUGGUGCCAUAUACUAAUAUUUACUCUCUGAUACUGUAGAGAAUUAGUAUGAAAAGUUUUCUCUAAACAUACUGACAAAGAAAUUGAAAUGUUUCAAAGAGACGAAAGUCUAUGUAACAUUCCUCUGAUAUGUAUAGGAUGUGUAUUUUCUGCGGUACGAAAGAUGAAACGUUUACAGAGGAAGUGUUGGACACUCAUUACUGGAAAUCUUGUCCAAUGUUAAAACGAUGCUCAAAAUGUUCUCAGGUAAAAUAUUUGGAUUGGUAAAUACUCACUCUUAGUUACAGACUCACUCGCAUCAUUUCCACUUGAUAACUCUCAGUUCUAAACUGUCCUGCCCAAAGAGCCACUGUAACUGCAGGAGGAAACCAAAACUAACGCUCUGUGCCUCUAUCAGCUCUAAAUUCUCCUUCCUAGAAGUCAAGUAAGAGUCAUCUCUUUUUGCUUCAGUCGGGCGGAAACUGGAAAAACUCUACUCAUGUCUGAUUGUGGUAAAAUUAUAAUCAGACAAGUGCAUAUUGCAGAAAUCAAACACAGUUGUGGAGGUGAAAAGCACACGCCCUAGGGCCUAGCCACUGUGACAUUAACGCGUAUUAUAUGUUUAGGUUAUAGAAAUUGCUCGACAAAGUCAACAUCUUCUUGAGGAGUGUGAUUCAAAGAGCAGUUUCGUUUCUUGUCCAAAAUGUAAAGAAGCUGUCACGAAGAUAGAACUCACUAAUCAUACACACGAUAAAAUUUGUCCAAGUAAGUGCACAAAUGACUUUGUUAGCAGCUGUCCCUUCCUCCCCUUAAUUUAUAAUCGUCAUCAAUAAUCAUGACAUGAGUGUCCCCUAUUGUGUGUGCUACACAGAAGUGUUGGCUCUUGACAGUCCACCUAUUUGUUUCUCGGAAGUAUUUUCUGUAGCCACACUAUUUCUUGUGGGUUUUUGUCGAUUUCAGGGACGACACGCUUACUGCUUUCUGCAUGCUUCGCUGUUGUUGUAUUAAUUAUUUUCGUAGGAGUUUUGACAUUCGCUAAGGAAUUUCAGUACACCUAGAAAAUAAACAAUACAAUUUCGUCUAGCCUCCAUUUGGCAAUGUCACUCGUACAUAAUUAGUCUAACACGUCUUAACGAGACAUUUUCUUUAGAACUAUUUGUAAUCUUUGUAGAAAAAUCUGGUAACAGAUGUCCAUUAUGUCGCAAAGCGGUUGGCACAAAUGAGGAGG